AUGUCCACUGCGGUCCUGUCCUCUCCUCCGGGUUAUACGACGGACGCCUCCGUGACGUUAUCUGCCAGUACCAAGAGCGCUCUCAUGGGUGUAUCAGCGAUCGAUCCUACGAAAGAGACACUUCAGACGGACGCUGACAGCCCCACGAGCUCAGCAGCUGAUUUAUUGAGUCUUGGCCACGGCCAUGACGUGCAACUGGACAAGGAGCUGGAAGAGGGACAAGGAAACGACAGGGAGAUUGAGAGCGAGAGCAGCGAUGAGGACCAAGUUGAUGGCGACUUGAGCGAGAGCUUUGCUGGAGCAGCCACCGAGCUGCGGCCUUGCAACAAGCGGCGACGCGUGUUCUUUGAGUGCGCGGACAUUGUCGAGUUCGAGCCGACGGUGUAUACCACGAGCAUCACGUCUGGCGGCGUGCCCGUCGGGUUGUCACUGAACGAGCGAUCGCGGUCUCGACGUCGAUUGGAUUCGUUCGAGAUGGAGCGAGCAGACGAGCGUGUCGGCCGGCAAAACUACAUGGAAGAGGGAUACCUUGACCCGCAAGAGCGUGAGAUCAUUCUGAACAAUGCGGGAUGUGAAGAGCCUGUGAUUGCUUCGGUAGAGGCCGAGGUGAACGCGAUUAUCCAGCACCGACGCGAGUCGAAUGAGAUUGACUUUUCCUUUAUGUACGUUGCGGAAGAGGAUGACGUUGACGAAGAUGAAGAUGAAGAAGAAGAAGAGGACGAGGAGCAAGAGGAUGCAUUGGACGGGUCAACCGGCGCACAACAUGGCGAUGGUGCAGAAUUGAAAGAUCAAAGCGAGCACGGGCUGAUGAACGAUGCGGAACAUGACGCAAGGACGACGCCUAACGACAUGCUGAUUGAUCAGGAGAUCAGGGGUGCAGAGCCGGAGACUUUGGUACAUCAAUGCAGCAACGACGACCCGGUAGCUGCCGUAUCGAUGUGA